GCCUUACAAGUCUAAGUAUGUCUUUUGAAAUGAUUUCCUGACCACUUAGGUGUUUUUGGCUUUGAUUCCUUAGGAGCCGUUGGGUGCCUCUGAAACUGCAUGCUUUACUUUUUGUGUUGGAGCAGAUGUCGUGGCACUAAGACCCAGAAACCGUUUGCUCUGUGUGGCUGAAGCUGGGCUGGCUGUGCUCGCACUGAAGGGAAGGAAGUCAUUAGUGCAGACUGAGCUGUGGAGUUGGGUUCUUGCAGGAUUUCCUUCCAGCCUUUCCCCACUAAGGUUCUUGGGAAUUAAAAAAAAAAAAAUCUAAACACACAAACCAAGUUUUCCUAUUUACAGUGUUCAGGGAAGGUAGGCAUUUCGAGAAGGGCAGAUCCUUUUCCCAAGUUAUCCAAGAAGGAAGCGAAAACAGCGUAAAGAAGCUCUGAUUACAGAUCUUUGGAAUUUUCUUUGCUAAAUUUUACAAACGAGAAAUACACCCAGAAUUGUGGGAAUUGCUCCAGGCUGCGCGUGAGGGUUUGAUUGCUUGUCUAAUCUUUUUUGAGAAGAGGAGAAUUCGCCAAAAGGGGUUUGGAUGGCAGAAGCCCGGCUGGGAUUCUGUAGCAGCUCGCGUUCUCAGUCUCUUCUCUGAGGGAGGGUCUCUGCAGCCAGCUUGGAGACCCCCUGCUGCAGGCUCCUUUUGCAGGCGCCGGCCGGGAAAAUGCCCCGCUCUGGCAGGAGUACGCCGGUGGCUGCUGGGACUUCCUAGCCUGGUGGGAAGUGUGUUCGUGGUUUGGGGAUACUUUUCAUUGAACUAAAGGCGAAAAGACUGGACUCUCCUGGGGCUUUUCCCUUCGCAGUGAAUAUGGGAAAGAAUUAGGGGGUGGGAGGGAGGCAGCAUGACUUGCAGUCGUCGCUGCCCUGCAUCUGCCCCCAGUCCCCAGCCAACAUCUUGAUGUUCCACGUAUCGGCUUUACAAAUAUGAUGAAAUGGCAGCCCCGGAAGAAGGCAUACUUCCGACAGGGUGUUGCCCUCCAGUACCUUGGACGUCAUGCCGAUGCCCUGGCAGCCUUUGCAUCUGGACUGGCUCAAGACCCCAAGAGUCUCCAGCUUCUGGUGGGGAUGGUGGAAGCCGCCAUGAAAUCUCCCAUGAGAGACUCCCUCGAGCCCACUUAUCAGCAGCUUCAGAAAAUGAAACUGGACAAGAGUCCCUUUGUGGUCGUGUCUGUGGUUGGGCAGGAACUCCUGACAGCUGGCCAUCAUGGGGCCUCUGUGGUUGUCUUAGAAGCCGCACUGAAGAUUGGCACCUGCAGCCUCAAACUGAGAGGUUCUGUUUUCUCUGCCCUGAGCAGUGCUUACUGGUCUCUUGGAAAUACAGAGAAGAGCACCGGAUAUAUGCAGCAGGACUUGGAUGUAGCCAAGACCUUAGGUGACCAGACAGGAGAAUGCCGAGCUCAUGGGAAUCUGGGCUCUGCAUUCUUCUCCAAAGGAAAUUACCGGGAGGCUCUCACUAACCAUAGGCAUCAGUUGGUACUCGCCAUGAAACUCAAAGAUCGAGAGGCAGCGUCAUCAGCCUUGAGCAGUCUGGGCCACGUGUACACAGCCAUUGGAGACUACCCCAAUGCACUGGCCAGUCACAAACAGUGUGUUCUUCUUGCCAAGCAAUCCAAAGAUGAACUUUCUGAAGCCCGAGAACUUGGCAACAUGGGAGCUGUGUAUAUUGCCAUGGGUGACUUUGAGAAUGCUGUGCAGUGCCAUGAGCAGCAUCUGAAGAUAGCCAAAGACCUGGGGAACAAGCGAGAAGAGGCCCGGGCCUAUAGCAACCUCGGCAGUGCCUAUCACUACCGGAGGAACUUUGACAAGGCCAUGUCUUACCAUAACUAUGUCCUGGAGCUGGCACAGGAGUUGAUGGAGAAGGCUAUUGAGAUGCGGGCCUAUGCUGGACUAGGCCAUGCUGCCAGGUGCAUGCAGGAUUUGGAGAGAGCUAAACAAUACCAUGAGCAGCAGCUGGGCAUUGCUGAGGAUCUCAAGGACCGGGCUGCAGAGGGGCGAGCAUCCUCCAAUCUAGGAAUCAUACACCAGAUGAAAGGUGAUUAUGACACUGCACUGAAACUCCACAAGACCCACCUGUGCAUUGCCCAGGAGCUGAGUGAUUAUGCUGCCCAGGGCCGUGCCUAUGGGAAUAUGGGCAAUGCCUACAACGCCCUGGGCAUGUACGACCAGGCGGUCAAAUACCAUCGGCAGGAGCUGCAGAUCUCCAUGGAAGUGAAUGACCGCGCCUCACAGGCCUCCACACAUGGGAACCUUGCCGUGGCCUACCAGGCCCUGGGUGCCCAUGACCGGGCCCUGCAACACUAUCAGAACCACUUGAACAUCGCCCGGGAGCUACGAGACAUCCAGAGCGAGGCCCGGGCCCUCAGCAACCUGGGCAAUUUCCACUGCUCUCGGGGAGAGUAUGUCCAGGCUGCCCCCUAUUAUGAACAGUACCUCCGGCUUGCUCCCGACCUUCAAGACAUGGAAGGAGAAGGGAAGGUCUGCCACAAUCUUGGCUAUGCCCAUUACUGCCUUGGAAACUAUCAGGAGGCAGUGAAGUACUACGAACAGGAUCUGGCACUGGCUAAAGACCUUCACGACAAGUUGAGCCAAGCAAAAGCCUACUGCAACUUGGGCCUAGCAUUCAAGGCUCUGCUGAAUUUCAGUAAAGCUGAAGAGUGUCAGAAGUACCUACUGUCCCUAGCCCAGUCUCUGAAUAAUUCCCAGGCUAAAUUUCGAGCCCUAGGGAACCUGGGCGAUAUAUUCAUCUGUAAAAAAGAUAUAAAUGGUGCAAUAAAAUUCUAUGAGCAGCAACUGGGCUUAGCUCACCAGGUAAAGGACAGAAGAUUAGAAGCCAGUGCAUAUGCAGCCCUGGGCACUGCAUACCGAAUGAUCCAGAAGUAUGACAAGGCCCUGGGUUAUCACACACAGGAACUGGAGGUAUAUCAGGAGCUGAGUGACUUGCCAGGGGAGUGCAGAGCUCAUGGGCACCUGGCUGCUGUCUACAUGGCCCUUGGGAAAUACACAAUGGCAUUCAAGUGUUAUGAAGAGCAACUGGAUCUAGGGCAAAAGCUGAAGGAUCCGAGUCUGGAAGCCCAGGUCUAUGGCAACAUGGGCAUCACAAAGAUGAACAUGAAUGUGAUGGAAGAAGCCAUUGGCUACUUUGAGCAGCAAUUGGCCAUGCUACAGCAGCUAAGUGGAAAUGAGUCUGUGCUCGACAGGGGCCGGGCCUAUGGCAACCUGGGGGAUUGCUACGAAGCCCUGGGUGACUAUGAGGAAGCUAUCAAAUACUAUGAACAAUAUUUAUCUGUCGCGCAGAGUCUGAAUCGCAUGCAAGACCAAGCCAAGGCUUACCGGGGCCUGGGAAAUGGACACAGGGCAAUGGGGAGCUUGCAGCAAGCCCUUGUGUGCUUUGAAAAGAGGCUCGUGGUUGCCCAUGAACUUGGGGAGGCCUUCAAUAAAGCCCAGGCCUAUGGAGAGCUGGGAAGUCUGCACAGCCAAUUAGGGAAUUACGAACAAGCCAUUUCCUGCCUUGAACGCCAGCUGAACAUUGCUAGAGAUAUGAAAGACCGAGCCCUGGAGAGUGACGCAGCCUGUGGCCUGGGGGGCGUUUACCAGCAGAUGGGGGAGUAUGACACAGCCCUGCAGUACCACCAGCUUGAUCUACAGAUAGCAGAGGAAACCAACAACCCCACGUGCCAGGGCCGAGCCUAUGGGAACCUGGGCCUGACUUAUGAAUCCCUGGGCACCUUCGAGAGGGCUGUGGUCUAUCAAGAACAGCACUUGAGCAUUGCUGCACAGAUGAAUGACUUGGUGGCCAAGACGGUGUCAUAUAGUAGCCUUGGAAGGACCCAUCAUGCCUUGCAGAACUAUUCCCAAGCAGUCAUGUACUUACAGGAAGGUUUAAGGUUAGCUGAGCAACUGGGCCGAAGAGAAGAUGAGGCAAAAAUUCGCCAUGGCCUUGGCCUCUCCCUUUGGGCUAGUGGAAACUUGGAGGAGGCCCAACACCAGCUUUAUAGGGCAUCAGCCUUGUUUGAAACAAUCCGACAUGAGGCACAGCUGAGCACGGACUACAAACUCUCCCUCUUUGACCUGCAGACAUCAUCCUACCAGGCCUUGCAGCGGGUGCUCGUCAGCCUAGGCCAUCAUGAUGAAGCCCUGGCUGUGGCAGAAAGGGGACGGACAAGGGCAUUUGCUGAUCUUCUGGUGGAACGACAAACAGGACAACAAGACUCCGACCCCUACUCCCCAGUCACUAUUGAUCAGAUCUUAGAGAUGGUAAAUGGCCAGAGGGGACUAGUGCUUUACUAUUCCCUGGCUGCAGGCUAUCUGUAUAGCUGGCUGCUGGCUCCUGGGACAGGAAUUGUGAAGUUUCAUGAACACUACCUGGGUGAGAACACAGUGGAAAACUCAAGUGACUUCCAGGCCAGCAGCAGUGCAACCCUUCCAACAGCAACCGGCUCAGCCCUGGAGCAGCACAUUGCCAGUGUCCGGGAGGCCCUGGGGGUGGAGUCUCACUACUCAAGGGCCUGUGCCAGCAGUGAGACAGAGAGUGAAGCGGGAGACAUCAUGGACCAGCAAUUUGAAGAGAUGAACAACAAACUCAACUCGGUCACUGACCCCACUGGCUUUCUGCGGAUGGUUCGCCGCAAUAACCUCUUUAACAGAUGCUUCUCUGCCAAGGAGGCAGUGCUGUGUUCUUCACGUGGGAGACCUGAUUCCUCAAUGCCAGACUGCUGCAGAAAUGCUGCCUUGGAAGCCAGGAGCUGCCAGAGCAUGACGAGCCUGUUCAGUAACACUGUGUCACCGACCCAGGACGGGACCUCCUCUCUUCCCAGGAGGCAGAGCUCGUUUGCCAAGCCCCCGCUCCGUGCCCUGUAUGACCUGCUCAUCGCACCCAUGGAAGGGGGCCUGAUGCACUCCAGCGGCCCCGUGGGCCGGCACCGGCAGCUCAUCCUGGUUCUGGAGGGGGAGCUCUACCUCAUUCCUUUCGCCCUCCUGAAGGGAAGCUCCUCCAACGAGUACCUCUAUGAGCGCUUCGGCCUCCUUGCUGUCCCUUCCAUCCGCUCCCUCAGCAUGCAGUCCAAGUCUCACUUACGGAAGAACCCGCCCACAUACUCCAGCUCCACAUCCAUGGCGGCUGUCAUCGGCAACCCCAAGCUACCAUCGGCCGUGAUGGACAGGUGGCUGUGGGGGCCCAUGCCAUCGGCCGAGGAAGAGGCCUACAUGGUGUCCGAGCUGCUGGGCUGCCAGCCCCUAGUGGGCAGUGUGGCCACCAAGGAGAGGGUCAUGAGUGCCCUGACCCAGGCUGAAUGCGUCCACUUUGCCACCCACAUCUCCUGGAAGCUGUCGGCCUUGGUCCUCACGCCCAGCAUGGACGGCAACCCUGCCAGCAGCAAGAGCUCCUUCGGCCACCCCUACACGAUCCCUGAGUCCUUGCGGGUGCAGGACGAUGCCAGUGAUGGGGAGAGCAUCUCGGACUGCCCGCCCCUGCAGGAGCUGCUGCUUACUGCCGCCGACGUCCUGGACCUGCAGCUGCCUGUGAAGCUGGUGGUGCUUGGCUCCUCCCAGGAGUCCAACAGCAAAGUCACAGCCGACGGGGUCAUCGCGCUGACAAGGGCCUUCCUGGCUGCCGGCGCUCAGUGUGUCCUCGUGUCUCUAUGGCCUGUGCCAGUGGCUGCUUCUAAGAUGUUCAUCCAUGCCUUCUACUCAUCCCUGCUGAACGGCCUAAAAGCCAGCGCCGCCCUGGGGGAGGCCAUGAAGGUGGUGCAGAGCAGCAAGGCCUUCUCGCACCCUUCCAACUGGGCAGGGUUCAUGCUCAUCGGGAGUGACGUUAAGCUGAACAGCCCCUCAUCACUCAUCGGCCAGGCCCUCACAGAGAUCCUGCAGCACCCGGAGCGUGCGCGGGACGCCCUGCGAGUGCUGCUGCACCUGGUGGAGAAGUCCCUGCAGCGCAUCCAGAAUGGGCAGCGCAACGCCAUGUACACGUCCCAGCAGAGUGUGGAGAACAAAGUGGGCGGCAUCCCUGGCUGGCAGGCCCUCCUCACCGCUGUGGGCUUCCGGCUGGACCCCCCAACCAGCGGCCUGCCAGCGGCUGUCUUCUUCCCAACCUCCGACCCGGGCGACCGGCUCCAGCAGUGCAGCAGCACACUCCAGUCCCUGCUGGGUCUGCCCAAUCCUGCCCUCCAAGCCCUUUGCAAACUCAUCACUGCCUCCGAGACGGGCGAGCAGCUCAUCAGCCGGGCUGUUAAAAAUAUGGUUGGAAUGCUCCACCAGGUGCUGGUUCAGCUCCAGGCUGGCGAGAAGGAGCAGGACUUGGCAUCAGCUCCCAUUCAGGUCUCCAUCAGUGUCCAGCUGUGGCGGCUCCCGGGAUGCCACGAGUUCCUGGCAGCUCUAGGUUUUGAUCUCUGUGAAGUUGGUCAGGAGGAAGUAAUCCUGAAAACCGGGAAGCAAGCUAAUCGACGGACUGUGCACUUUGCGCUCCAGUCCCUGCUGUCUCUGUUUGAUUCUACUGAGCUACCCAAGCGCCUCAGCCUUGACAGCUCCUCCUCCCUGGAGUCUCUUGCUUCUGCUCAGUCUGUUUCCAACGCCCUGCCCUUGGGUUACCAGCAACCCCCCUUCUCUCCCACCGGUGCGGACAGCAUCGCCUCAGAUGCCAUCUCUGUGUACAGUCUGAGCUCCAUUGCCUCCUCAAUGAGCUUUGUCUCCAAACCCGAGGGUGGAUCAGAGGGUGGAGGCCCCGGAGGACGGCAGGACCAUGACCGGUCCAAGAACGCUUACCUGCAGAGAUCCACCCUGCCUAGGAGCCAGCUGCCUCCCCAGACCCGCCCUGCAGGCAACAAAGAUGAAGAAGAAUAUGAAGGGUUUUCUAUCAUCAGUAACGAGCCGUUGGCAACCUACCAAGAAAACCGAAACACAUGCUUCUCACCAGACCACAAACAACCCCAACCUGGGACAGCCGGAGGCAUGAGAGUCUCGGUGAGCUCCAAAGGGAGCAUCAGCACUCCAAAUUCUCCAGUGAAAAUGACUCUGAUUCCCAGCCCCAACUCACCCUUCCAAAAGGUGGGAAAACUAGCAAGCUCAGAUACAGGAGAAUCAGACCAGUCUAGCACAGAAACGGACAGUACCGUGAAAUCCCAAGAAGAAAGCAACCCAAAACUGGAUCCACAAGAGUUAGCCCAGAAAAUUCUGGAGGAGACACAGAGUCAUCUCAUUGCGGUGGAGCGUCUUCAGAGGAGCGGCGGCCAGGUGAGCAAGAGUAAUAACCCUGAAGACGGCGUUCAGGCGCCCAGCAGCACUGCUGUCUUCAGAGCGUCAGAAACCAGUGCGUUCAGCAGGCCUGUUCUCUCCCAUCAGAAGAGUCAGCCAUCACCAGUCACUGUUAAACCAAAGCCCCCAGCCAGGAGCUCCUCCCUGCCCAAGGUGAGUUCUGGAUAUAGCAGCCCCACCACCUCAGAGAUGUCCAUCAAAGACAGCCCGAGUCAGCACAGUGGCCGGCCAUCGCCCGGCUGCGACUCACAGACUUCCCAGCUGGACCAGCCUCUCUUUAAACUGAAGUACCCCAGCUCUCCUUACAGCGCUCACAUUUCCAAAUCACCAAGGAACAUGUCCCCAAGCUCCGGCCACCAGUCUCCUGCUGGCAGUGCACCCUCCCCAGCUCUCUCCUACUCCUCAGCUGGAUCUGCUCGCUCAAGUCCAGCAGACGCUCCCGACAUAGACAAACUGAAAAUGGCAGCCAUUGAUGAAAAGGUGCAGGCUGUCCAUAACCUGAAGAUGUUCUGGCAGAGCACACCCCAGCAUUCCACAGGGCCAAUGAAGAUCUUCCGGGGGGCUCCUGGCACGAUGACUUCCAAAAGGGAUGUCCUCAGUCUGUUGAAUUUGUCACCACGGCACAAUAAGAAGGAGGAGGGAGUGGAUAAGCUUGAACUGAAGGAGCUGUCCCUGCAGCAGCAUGACGGAGCUCCACCGAAAGCCCCUCCCAACGGACACUGGCGCACCGAGACCACCUCGCUGGGCUCACUGCCGCUGCCUGCCGGCCCUCCCGCCGCAGCCCCUGCGCGCCCUUUGAGACUUCCUUCUGGAAAUGGCUACAAGUUCCUGUCCCCAGGAAGAUUUUUCCCUUCUUCCAAAUGCUAAAGCAUCUUUUAUACCCACUGACUCUGAGCAGCCUGCAGAUGGGGGCCUGGCGUUUGCUUCAGCCCUUCCUUGAGUGCAGUCCCCCCACAGCCACCGGCACCCUCGUGAUGCUGUGCUCUGCGGGCGAGGGGCACCACCACGUCCAAAGGCUGCCACACACACUGGUGGCUUUUCUGGGCCACAUUCACCAAAAGCCAGGACUUCUGUGGGGCUGGUACAGGAGGCUCAUGGAAUUUCCUACAUACUUCACCAAAUGUUUGUUUACCUUUGAACUCCCUGCUUCUCAUCUUUGAUAUGAUUCUUCACCAGGAUUUUGUACAAAAAUGAUCAUGGUUCUGGGGUGGGGAGAGGAAAGGGAGCACAUAUUUUGCUAAGAGGUAUAUAUGCAGUACCUUUUAUACACAGAAAUACAAAUAGAGCUUUUUCUAAGGCUUUCGGUUGCUGGUUGGGGGUGGGAUAUAUGAAAUUUCAGUUGAAUUCUACAGGAAAGUGUUGUUAUAUUAGCCAAAAACAGAAAAAUGGUUUUUAAAAUGCCAAUGAUUUGUAAUUAAAUUGUAGCAAUUUUGGUCUCAUGAUAGUGUAAUAUCUCAGCAACAAUGCAAUAAUUCACAUUGAAACAGCGCUUCCAUUCUGAACUCUGCUCUGCAAAUGUCCUUUGGGUCCCGCUGUCAACCAAACUUGAAUUUUCUUAAAAAAAAAUUAUGUAACUCUUAUCCAGGCAUUUUAGAACUAUGCAAUUGUGAUUUAAAAUGCAACUUUGUGCUUUUAAAACAUUAUUGACCUUUUUUUGUAUAUGGAUAAACAACUUGGUUUUAUUAUCAAUAGUACUUUGCAUUUAUAGCUAUUAUUUUUAAAAGCUCAAAAAGUUUUUUAAAAUGUCAAAUUUUGAAUAGUCAUCAAUAAGUAAUUAUCAAGUUUGGAAGGAAAGGUUGAAAUGACUCCGUUUCCUUAUAAGCAAAAAAAAAAAAAAAAAAAAAAAAAAAUUUCCAUGGCUAACUAGAUUUAACCAGAAUCCCGCCUUCCAGCUCCUGUUCCCUUUUAUUAGCUGCUGAAUUUUAUUCUCCUCUUUUCCCAACUCCAGGUCCCUCAGUUGUCUUAUAUCUAAAUCCGUUGCCAGGUCCCCACAAUCCCAGCACCUGCCUCUGUGAGCUGCCCCCAGGCCCUCACCUUGGCCCUGGCCAGCCUCCUGUGCUCCAGCUGUCCGAAGGACUGGCCCCUCCCCCACUGCUGAAGCCACACGUCCAGAUCCUAAGCAACAGGGCCUUUUGCUGGGAUGUAUGCCUGGAUUACGGCCAACCGGGAAGAGAGAGAUGUAUCUUAAAAAGUGGAGGUGGACUUCUCCUACAGCUCUGACGGUAACUUAAAUUGUUGCCAGCUUGAGGCAAGACAAGGGAAUCAUCUAGUUAGGGGUAACCAUUAAUUUAUUUUAUAAAGAAAGGAAAUGCUGAAAGUCGUAUUAGUACUGAGUUUUGUUGGAGAAUUUAGAUAAGUAUCUUUUAGGUAAUUCUAAAAUUAAAAUCCUACCCACCUCACUACAGGGUUCCUCAUGAAGGUGGGCGGCCACCUGGCCUGGGCCACCAGCAGCACAUGGAGCAGACCUGAGGGGCCUGGCAGGGGGCACUGACCUCAGGAUCCCCAGGUGGGGGUUUUAACCAUGGGUGGGAUCUCAGCUUCUGCGCAUACACUGACAAUCUCACCUGUUCCUCAGUGUACUCCUCUGAAAAGAAGAAAGGAUAAUAUUUAUCCAAUCUGUGUUCUCCUGAGCUCCAUCCUAGGGGUUUUUAAUUUAACCAACAGCCAUGUUGACAAACGCCAACAAUAAGCAUGUCUUAUUCUAGCCCUGAUCCCAACACUGAAAGCGAAGUACUUUAUAAAGAAGCCAGCAAUUAUGAGGGUUUCUUUAUGUUAGUAGGGGAAAAAAUGGUAAUAAAAGUACCAGUGUAGCAAGUGAAGACCAAAUUUAUAGCACUGUGCAUUAGAUAGCAAAAUCAGGUUCUUAACAAUGAAAAGUAAACCUCAAGUUUCUAAAUCCAUAUGCAGAUGGUUAGGCUGUCCCUCUCUUAGCAAAUCUCUCAGCCUCCUUCUUUCCCAAGUGCCAAGGAUCCCUGGAGUAAAGCUCUGGGGUCUGUGCUCUCUUUCUGUGAGGGGAAGGCUGCGGCCCUAUUUGCCCCUCUCUAGCAAACACCCCCACCACCCUGCCGCUUCCUGUGGUUAUUGAGCCAGCUAGGAGUUACUCAUGGACUCUAACCUGGUUUUAGUCCCAUGUACAUUGUUGUUUUAGGUUUCAUACUGAAGAGCCAAUGGUUUAUGUGGUUUUAUUCUGUCUUAAAUAUAAGUUUCAAGGAAGGGAAAACAAAAGUGAUAAAAUGAUAGAACAGUCUAGAGGCCACUGUAAAGUCACUGCCACUUUAUGUGUAUGUCAGUCUUGGUGUUCCUGUAUGAGUAAAAUGGAUGUAAAAUCAUAAAAUCACAGUGAAUGUUUCAGGCUACACUGGAAAAAGUAUGCACUUAGAAUUAAAGGAAAUUGUAUAAUUCACCAAGAUUUCUUUGUGUAGAUCAGGGGUUGGCAACUAUGACCCACAGGCUAAGACUGGUCAGCGGUCUGGUUUUUCACAGCCAUGAGCUAAGUUACCUUUUUAAAGGGUUAUAUAAGUAAUUACAUCAUAUUUUUGAUUUUGCCUUUGGCCCACACCACAUAAAAUAUUCAAUACCUGGCCUUUUUUUUUUUUUUUUUUUUUUUGAGACAGAGUCUCGCUCUGUCACCCAGGAUAGAGAGCACUGGUGCGAUUUUGGCUCACUGCAACCUCUUCCUCCUGGGUUCAAGCAAUUCUCCCUGCCUCAGCCUCUAAGUAGCUGGGACUACAGGCACCCACUACCACGCCUUGCUAAUUUUUGUAUUUUUAAUAGAGAUGGUUUCACCAUGUUGGCCAGGCUGGUCUCGAACUCCUGACCUCAGGUGAUCCGCCCGCCUUGGCCUCCCAAACUGCUGGGAUUACAGGUGAGCCACUGCGCCCAGCCAAUACCUGGCCUUUUAAGAAGUUUGCUGACUCCUGGUAUGGAUGACAGAAAAUGGAAUAACGUUUUGUUUCUCCAGUCUAGGAAGAGCAAGUCAGGUAGUGGAUAGACUGACUGGCGUCCGGGGAGCCCAGGGUAUGUGAGGGCCAUGUGGAUGGAAGCAAAUGCCUCCUGCAUAGCCCUUGGCUCUUUGUCCCACUUGGGAGGAGUCCAUGGAUGUAAUAUUUACAAAACAGUUUUUGCUUACCAUUUGCAGAAAGCAUUGCAUAUAUUUCCUUUUAGCUCAGGAAACUGGCAUGCCCCACCCUCUGCUACUCCAUCAGAUGUAAAUACAAUGACUAUAAGCCGUACAACUCCCCUCUCUUAGAAACCUCAGCAGGACCACAGAGCAAGGGAGUCAAAGCUUUCUUAAUUAUCUCCAGUAAAUGACUCAACUAAUUUGAUUUUUUUAAUUAAGUCAAAAUACCAAGAGAAAAAUUGCUACUAAAACUUACAUUUUGAUCCACACUGAUGUGCAACACAAAAUGAAAGUUUUCACCUCCAGUCCAUUUUUUAAAAAUUCACGGUCCACACUGAAACUUGCUGGGUUUUAGCAGGAGACAAAGGUGUCACCCACGCUGUCCUCAUCCUGCUCUCUCUGUCCCAGUGACGCUCCAGUGUAUGAUCACUGCAGCCGGUCCCUGGCCCGUGCCGAUUCUGCCACCUCCCAGCCACACACAUUUGCAGACCCACAAGAAGAACUGUAGCCUUGAUAAUUUCAGUUCAGGUUGGAAAAAUGCCAUGCAAUAAUCUGGUUUGUUUUCAGUAAGUAGGCAACAAGUGAAAACUGUAUAAUUUUCAUCACCUAUUCUGCUGUUCUAUCUAAAAUGAGUGUACCUGUGGUUUGUGAACUGGGCCCUUGUUUGUGCCAGAUCCUUCAAAGAUGUUCCCUGUCAGGACACCUGUGGCCCUGCCCCUCCUCAGACACCUUCCCACUGGCAUUCACGUUCCUUAUAUGCAGUGUUAGCCAUCUUUGGCCUACGUGGACUUUUUUUGUAAAUUACACCGUUUCCAGACAUUAAACUUUUUAUAUUAUGAAAUUUACCAUGUAAAAAGAACUUCAUAUUUUUAUUGAGAUUGCUAAGGCACUUGGCCUUCCUCCUUUGUGAUUUUCAGUGUCUAUUAAAGCAUGAGUUCCCUCAGUUUUAA